AUGUCAGAAAAUGUUUUACAGCAGCUACUUCUGCGCAUACGCCACAGUGAAUGUUAUGCAAUACAGCUAGAUGAGUCCACGGAUGUGGCUGGCCUGGCGCAUCUUCUCGUAUAUGUGCGCUACAUUCAUGAAGGAACCAUCAAGGAGGACAUGCUGUUCUGUAAACCACUGGAACAAAGGACAACUGCCGCAGAUAUUUUUCAAAAGCUGGACACAUUCAUGAACACACAUGGACUCGUGUGGGACAGAUGUGUUGGCAUCUGUACUGAUGGCGCACGGGCCAUGACUGGGAGACACGGAGGUGUGGUUUCGCGUGUGCAAGCAGUCGCGCCAGAUGCCUCCUGGGUACACUGCAGCAUCCACCGAGAGGCUCUUGCUGCAAAGGGAAUACCUGUCCGUUUGAAACAUGUUUUGGACACGAGUGUAAAAAUGGUUAACUUUGUGAAAGCCAGGCCGCUGAACUCCCGCUUAUUUGCUGCGUUGUGCAAUGAGAUGGGCAGCGAGCAUGAGACAUUAUUACUCCACACAGAGGUUCGCUGGCUAUCUAGAGGGAAAGUGCUGACCCGUUUCUUUGAGUUGAGGGAUGAACUUAAAGUUUUCUUCAGUAACCAUCCCUUUGAGCUGUCUGAACAUUUGCAUGAUGAAGAGUACCUUACCUGCCUGGCUUAUCUGUGUGAUAUAUUUUCUCGUCUGAACGAGCUCAAUCUCGGAUUACAAGGCGUUUCUGCAACUAUAUUCAAUGUUCAAGAUAAAGUUGAGGCCAUGAUAAAGAAGUUAAACCUUUGGAAGAACUGCUUGGAUACAAACAACACUGAAGUCUUUCCUGUGCUGCAUGAUUUUCUGUGCUCUAAUGAUCUCACACUAUCUAAAAGUGUAAAGCGCGAAUGUAACGUGCACCUUGAGGAGCUGGCGGUGCAGUUACGCCGAUACUUCCCAGAGACGGACGGCUCAAAUGAUUGGAUACGUCACCCGUUCACCGCUGUGCCUACUUCGUUAUCACCGUCUGACCAGGAGAGCCUAAUUGAAAUUGCCACAGAUGGAUCUCUAAAAGUUGAACACGCUCAAAAGAACCUGGCGGAUUUCUGGAUAGGCUGCGCACUGAACAGCCCGCGCUGGCUAAGCGCGCUGUCAAGACUCUGA